UCUAUGACACUACCUAGUACACUACUUUUUCUCUCCUAUUAUUACUACAAAAAUUGAAAUGGACAAACCCGUCAAAGAGGAAAAUCAAGCAGAGAGGUACGACUCGGCCCCGUCUCCUCUCCUUCUCCAUUUGUCGCCGGAGGAAGAAUUCUCUUUCAUGGUCUCGGUACUCAAACACGUCAUCUCUGGCGGCAAUGACGGCGUUGGCACAUCCCGAGGUGCCACCCCAUCCAAUACGGGCUCCUCAGGUGAUCAUGGGACAGGAACGGAACAGAACUGCCCCAUUCCCAUCAUCCCCUUGCUCCCUGAUGGUGACGCGUGUCGGUUCUGCAAAAUCGACGGCUGCUUGGGGUGUAACUUUUUCGCGCCAACUACCUCCACAGGUGAUGACAAGGGUGUGAAGAGAAGGAAGGCUAUGUUUAAAUACAGGGGAGUGAGGCAGAGGCCGUGGGGAAAGUGGGCGGCAGAGAUUCGAGACCCCCGGCGGGCAGCCGGAGUGUGGCUGGGAACUUUUGAGACUGCAGAGGCGGCCGCCAGGGCUUAUGACAGAGCCGCCGUGGGGUUUCGGGGAGUGAAGGCCAAGACCAACUUUCCAUUGUCCGACUACCAAUUGGGUAAUCAGAACAGAAGCACCUAGAGAAUAAAUAACCAUGAAAUUAAGCCCAUUAAUCGUGUGGCGAUGGGGUCCUAUACAUACAUUGUGGGCGGGGGACUUGGAAAAUGUUCGAA